AUGGAUACAAGAAUACCCUUUAUAUUUUUAUUGAUAUCAUUAAGUACAAGUGUUCUUGUUAGGAAUGAACGUGGUAGCAAUGCUUAUAACAGAAACAUAUUUCGGAAGAAAAGACAGACUGGUUAUAUGUAUGAAAAGCCUAGUAUUUCCUUCGAUUUGCCUUCAAGAACUACAUCGAUUCCAGCGACAACCCAAACACAAAUUGUAAACCAAAUGCAAAUGUACUACGCGUAUCCCGUUCCUUCUGUGGCAAACAACGAUGUUGGACCGUCAAGUAGUACUGGAAUUUUAGAUACGGAGCCCAUAACGAGUACAGGAACAUCUGGAUACAACUACCAAAAUCAGCCGCGAAACGAACCUGUCAAAACUGAUGGCAAUAUUGAUUAUUCCAACUCAGGGUCUCAAAUCGUAUCAGGGUCAGGAUAUAAUUAUGAAAAACCAACGACUGGUAUGAAUGAUUCCAAUGGAAAUCAAAAAGGUGUUAGUUAUACGAGUUCAGGUAGCGGAGGAUACGGUAAUCAAAAUAUUGCUCAGACUGGUAAUAGUUACCAAAAUCAAAAUAAUAUAAUGCAAAGGGGAUAUACUGCUAAAAAUGUAAUUUCUACAACUAGAGCAGGUUACGAUUACAAAGUUCCAGGAAUUGAUACAAGACAAACGGGUGGUGGUGACACAGAAAAUAUUGGAUAUUCUUCUAAUGGAGCUACUAGUAAUGGCAUGCUCGAAUAUUAUUCUGAAAAACAAAAUUCCAGAGGUAUUAUUCAAGGAAGUGAAAACACUGCUAAGGUUGGUGCUGUAGAAACAGGCGCCUUUGAUACAUCAGGUGGAUAUAAUUACAAUGUUCAGAAUGCUGGAAUUAUGCAAGCCGUAGGUAAUACAGUGAAUGGUCCUGAGACAAUAGCGACCAGUAACGCGGGUGGCUAUUAUUAUGAAAAACAAAAUAUUGGUAGUAACCAAAUGGAUGGAAAUACUGUUACUGUAGGAAUUUCUGAUAUAGGACCUAAUGUACCAGAAUCAUCGGAUGGAUAUAAUAACAAUAUUCAAAGUACUGGAAUUAGUCAAGCCAACGGUAAUAAUGUAAACAUUGGUUCUGGAAAUAGUGGUACAGGUGGAUACAGUAACUAUCAAAGUCAACCUAUUAACAUCAAUCAAUCGGAUCUCAAUAACGAUGUUGGAGAUUCUGGAUACAGUUAUGAGAGACAAAAUGUUGCAGUGUCCCAGCCGGUAAUCAAGCAAGAAGAAAGUAGUGUGUCAACUAGCGCUCCAGCGUACCUUCCGCCAAUUCAAUCAGUUGAUAGACCAACAGAAUCUUAUUUACUACCUCAGUUAAAACAGAUCAACGCGAUUCAAACUGUAACCAGCAAAACACCCACAGUGAACACCAAUUCACCAUUUCUUCCAAAACCUUCCUUGAGUUCUAACUACCUAACUCCUGCUAUGGUAAACCCUACUUUGGAAGUAACAGGAUUAAAACCGACUGUUCAAACGCCUGUCAAAUAUAUACCUCCAAAAUUACCAUCUGUUAAGCCGUCUAUACCAAACCGAACAUAUAUCACACCAAAUAUUGAAGUAAAUCAGGAUUCUAAUAAAUCUACAAAUUUGCUAAACGAUGGACAACCGACCCAACACUCAGGAUCCUUAAAUGGGCAUCAAUAUUUACCGCCAAGUAAUUUAUACUCUCCAACAGUGUCUCCUCCAGCAUCUACAUAUUUACCACCUGUUUAA